AUGAAGCUCACCACGAUCUUCCAAGCCAUCACUAUCCUUGCCGUGUCAGCGGAGGCUUCCAAUCCCCGCGCCAGCACCCCCAAGCGCAAAGCCCUAUGGAAGCCGGAAGCUGGCACGAAGUGGGAAAUCAUCCUCUCCGAAGUGUUCAAGCUUCCUAAGGGAGGCGCUAGUAAGCUUGACUCAACAGUUCCCGUCUAUGAUCUCGAUCUUUUCGAAAACGACAAGAGCACCUUCUCCGCCAUGCAAAAGGCUGGAAAACGUGUUAUUUGUUACUUCAGCGCCGGAUCGUGGGAGAACUGGCGUGAUGAUAAGAAUGACUUCCCGAAAAAGGACCUCGGCAAGACUAUGGAUGGGUGGCCGGAUGAGAAAUGGGUGAAUAUUAGCAGUCCUGCCAUUCGGGCUAUCAUGGCCAAAAGGAUCAAGGUUGCUGCUGACAAGGGAUGUGAUGCUAUUGAUCCUGAUAAUAUGGAUGGCUAUCAAAACAACAAUGGACUCGGCCUUACUGAAGCCGACACUGUCUCAUACGUCAAGUUCCUUUCCGCGGAAGCAGCAAAGUACAACAUGGUGAUGGGCAUGAAGAACGGUGGAGACGUCACAGAAGAGGUCCUUCCAUACGUCGCGUUCUGCAUCAAUGAAUCUUGCAUUGAGUACAGCGAAUGCGACUUGUACGCGCCAUACAUCGAGGUUGGAAAACCCGUUUUUAACAUUGAAUACCCCAAGGGCGCACCAAAGGUUAAGUCUAAGGAUAAAAAGAGGAUUUGUUCCACCAGUGGCGCUGCCGCAGAUUCUGAUGGCUUCAGCAAGAUCAUCAAGAAAAUGAACUUGGACAAGUGGACUAUGUAUUGUUAG